AUUUUGAUAUAAAUUGCAGGUUGCGUAGGGGGAUUUUACGGGACGAACUGUUCGACACCUUGUAACAGCGAGUGUACUGAGUGCCACCAAAACAACGGAGAAUGCACAAUCUGCACGAAGGGUUUAUACGGGAAGAAUUGUAGCCUGACAUGUGGCCGUUGCAGUAUUUGUGAACUAGAAUCUGGCUUGUGCGAGACUCAAUGUGAUCCUGGAUAUGAAGGCAGUUUCUGUGAAAGACAAGUUCAGAUGUCUGAUCCAACGACAGACCCCGGACCAAUAGUUGGAGGUGUUGUAGGCGUUCUCCUUGCCGUUGUUGUCGCCAUUGUUGUAGUUAUCAUUAUCAGAAGGCGUCGAUUAGGCGAUAGGAAACACGACUCCUUUGAUGAUAUCGGCCGUACCAACGAAUACAGUGAACCACUAGCAGUAACUGGCUCGAAUGUUGACCGUGGCAAAUCUAAGUCGCGCGGAGAAAACAUCUACAGCAAUACAUUAGUUUCCGAGGAAGAUCCUGAUGAACCACAAAAAGCCAUGGCAAACGUGUAUGAAAACGCUGAGCAAGUAUCCAGAAGGUCCGGCACAGAAGAAAGCGUCUACUAUAAUUCCGGUCCUGUUGGAUUUCCUGUCUCCAAACUCAAAUCUUUAGUACAAACAAAGAUGGAAAACAAGGCAAAGGCUUUUGAGGUCGAAUACAAGUCAAUACCGUCUGGAUCUUUACAUGAUCAUAGCAUUGGGAUGUUACAACAAAACAAAGCUAAGAAUCGAUUUAAGACCACAUUCCCGUAUGAUCAUUCUCGUGUGGUUCUUGACAUCACUGGAAAAGAUCCUGCCUCCGACUACAUCAAUGCCAACUACAUAGAUAGCGUAACAAAAACUGCGGAAUACAUCGCCACACAAGGUCCAAGACUUGGGACCAUUAAUGACUUUUGGCGCAUGCUUUGGCAACUAAAGUCAGGCAAAAUUGUAAUGCUGACAAAUCUUAUAGAAGGAUCAAGGCCAAAAUGCGAUAAGUACUGGCCAGAUGAGGGAGAACCUUUGUCUACAACACACUUUAACAUUGUCCUCGACCGGGAGCGAGCUUAUGCCUUCUAUGUCAUCAGGGAUCUUACUGUUACAGAAAAGAAGACGAAGUCAGUACGACAAAUACACCAGUUCCACUACACCACGUGGCCUGACCACGGGACCCCGGAUCCAAACGAACUUGUCGUGUUCCACCGCCGCGUGAAACAAUACGAGAACGUUUUGACAGGAAAGAUGGUCGUUCAUUGCAGUGCUGGUAUUGGCAGAACAGGAACAUUCCUCGCACUUGAUGCUCUGCUGGAUUACGGGAAAGAGUUCGGUAGAAUUGACGUCAUGCAAUACAUCAAAACUAUGCGGAAGGAUAGAAUCAACAUGGUUCAAACAGCCGAGCAAUAUAUAGCCAUACAUCAGAUCCUUGUUGAAGCCUUUGACAUGCCGGACACUUUGAUUCCAAGAAUGAAGUACCACACGACCCUUAAAGCUCUCUCCAAUGAUGGGCCCACGAACCAAACAAAGCUCAGAAAGGAGUACCAGUUGACACAAACCCUAAAACCAAAAUACGCUGAAGCUGACUGUAAAGCUGCUUUACUACCGGUCAACCAACAGAAAAACAGGACUCUAACUGUCCUAGCAGCUGACAAGUUCAGGGCGUACCUACGAUCACAUAAAAGUGACAGGACAGACUACAUCAACGCUGUAGCGGUUCCUUCCUAUACAUCGAAAACUGGAUACAUCGUCACUCAGACUCCUAUGGGGGACACUGUGGUGGAUAUGCUAACAAUGAUUAUGGACCACAACUGUAAAACCAUUGUCAUCAUUGAGACCGACGCCAUUGACUGGCUUCCACAGGACGGAAAGAAUAAAACAAUUGGACAUUUUACGUUGGAAAAGAAAGGAGAGUCCUCGACAAUAGCAAAUGUUGAUUUGAUUGAAAUCACAAUUCAAAACCAGGUGAAUGAAUUUGAUGAGAGAGUUCGCGUGUUUCACCUGUCUGGUUGGGAUAGAGAUUCAUCAGGCCCUCAGGAUUCGUCCUGUCUACUUCAGCUGCUUGAACUUGUUGACAGCAGACGAAAGUCGGAUGAUUCUAAGACGACAGUAGUCAUGUGCCGAGAUGGAUAUUCCCAGAGUGGACUAUUCUGCUGUAUCAGCAAUGCAAGAGACCAGAUGAAGAUUGACGAAGAGGUCGACAUAUUUCAGACUUCUCGUCAACUACUCGUGAGACGUCCAGAAUUCUUGAUUAAUUUUGAGCAGUAUCAAUGCUGUUACAACAUGAUCCGGGAUUACUUGGACACCACAGACGUGUACAUGAACUGACAGCUUAGCACCAUAACCAGUGUUAUAUGAUUUGACCACUGCCAUCUAAGCACCAGAACCAGUGUUAUAUGAUUUGAUCACAGCCAUCUAGGCACCAUAACCAGUGUUAUAUGAUUUGACCACUGCCAUCUAAGCACCAUAACCAGUGUUAUAUGAUUUGACCACUGCCAUCUAAGCACCAUAACCAAUGUUAUAUGAUUUGACCACUGCCAUCUAAGCACCAUAACCUGUGUUAUAUGAUUUGAACACUGCCAUCUAAGCACCAUAACCAGUGUUAUACGAUUUUACCACCGCCAUUUUAGCACCAAAACCAGUGUUAUACGAUUUGACCGCUGUCAUCUAAGCACCAGAACCAGUGUUAUACGAUUAAAAAGUGCUUUAGUACUACGGACGAACGUAUCUGAACUCUGAGAGCAGAGCAGAACCUGCGUUGUAGAACCUGAUCAAGUAUUUUUUAGACACCCAGGAUGUGUAUAUAAACUGAUGUCGUGGUAUCAGUGUUACAGAAAAAUUGUUGAAACAAUAAAUGAUAUGUUGACGAUGUCACAGUAAGAAAACGCCAUAUACUUCUUUCCCGAAUUUACAGUUCCUAAAUACAUGUAUAUAGAUAUAGCUUAAGGUUUCACCCCCCCCCCCCCCCCCCCCCCCCCCCNCACACACACACACACACACACACACACACACACACACACACACACACACACCUCAAUAGCCUAUAACCUAUGUAUACAAGACUUUUGUUAUUCUAUCAAUCAUUACAACAAUAUCCUAUAAGUAAGAAAAUAACAGAAUAUGUUUCGAACUAGUAUAUUUAAAGUAUAUUGAGCCCAACUUUUUAGAUGAAAUAUAUGGGAAAAAAAUGUAAAUGUAUUAUGAGUUUCACUUUUUAUCAAGACAUGUACAUUACCAAAUAAACUGUAAAUGCGGGACAAAAGUUACCCCUUUCCAAAUAAAAAAAGUAUACGAAACAUACCCUUCUAGACUCUGGCGUUAAACGAAGGUUUAAUGAGGUAAAAUCCAUAUUGCUUUCCUAGAUACAUUUUAAAAUUCCACCUAAAAUUGAUAGAUAUUUUUGCUACAUGUAUUAUAACUGUAAUGGAGGCAGACAUCACUGUUUGAUAGCAAGAGGUUAUAGGCAAGUAGUCUGGGUCCUUCAGACUCAAUAGUCCCAUCACACCUAUCACGUAUCGUCAAUCACAGAAAUGUCCCGCGAAAUAAUUCCUACGUCUAGCUGUAGCAAUGCAAAAGGAAUAAAAGUGAACAAGUAUUUAUCAAAAUAUCUUUUUUAGAAGUCAUCUGUGCGUCAUUUCUAUAGGUUUGUUAUUUGAUAUAAAUUCUUAGCUUACUUAUUUUACAACCGUCUUUUUAUUGUUAGUUUUAAGGACAACAUUUUGUUUAUGUAUAAGAAAAUAAAUCUGUUUAUAUUUAAGCGAAUAUAUUCUGGAUAUGUUGUCAUAUAAUUGUAGAUUAAUCUAAUUUGUUUAAUAUUGAACUUUUUUGUUUAUAUUUUACAUGCUAUGCAUAUAGUUUUUAUUGCUCAUAAAAUAUUAAAAAAUUUCAUAUACAGGGUGUUUGAAAACUGAGACCAAUUCUUGUUUUCAUUUUCAAAAGAAUAAACAAUCAGACACGAUUUGUAUAAAUAAUGUGCCAUAAACUCUGUAUAACGCCUCCAAGAGAGUACUGUAUAUACACGAGUUCGUCACUUUUCACGCUGAAAUCCGAACAAAAAUAGAGAAUAUUUUGUUAAUAAAAGUUCAUGAUGAA